AUGAUUGAAAAUAGUACUCGCCAGGAAAAUGAGCAACUUCAUGAUGUGCGAAACGUUGCUGACGAUGCCAAUGAAGACCCUGCUGAGGUGAGAUAUUUUGAACAAAUAUAUGUUUAUAAUAGUUUUGUUUGUGGAAACACCACGUAAAUUUAUUACCUCAAAGCUUUCGAUCCGUAAGCCCGGAUCUUUAUCAGUGCUAAUAUUAAAUAUGUGACUUGUAUAAUUCACACGCCCUUUUUAUAUACAAGAGUAAAGCUUUGCAGUAAUAAAUUUACGUGGUGUUUCCACAAACAAAACUAUGAUAUGUUUUAUCACCAUGCAAACAUACAAAGAAAUACAUGUUUCUCGUGAGAAUUAGAUAAAUUAUGCAUUUGUAAGUAAAUUUGAUUGCGGCCGUCCUACACGAUGUUUGAGACAGCAGCCAAAAUUUCAAAUUAACAGGAACCCCAAAAAUUAGGGUAAGCUUAGUUUGAUAGACGGUCUUACAGUUGAACACUUGCUGUUGCUAUGGCAACCGUAUGACGUCAUUAGUCAUUAAGUCUAGAACUGGUGUUAUAUUGUCUUCUUGGUCUUCUUUCGUAAGUUCAAUAAAUUACUCCCUUCUCCAUAGCAUUCAAAUGUUCAAGUACCUUGUUCAAGUAUCUUUUCCGACUCUUCCUUCCUACAUUUCAUCUCACUAUCAUGUACUGUACAUACCACCGCCAUUGAUCUAACAUCUAACAGGUAAGGCGACGUCUUCAUUGCUUGGAUUUGGACUGACUCCUCCAUGUAUAUCAGUGGUACCGUGGCAGGGGGGGGGGCAGGGGGCCAUGGCUCCCCUAAGGUUGAGAAUCGUCGGAAAACUAAACAAAACUCACACGCCGCAUGUCGGAAUUUUCGAGGUCGAAAAUUAAAUAAUUGCAUCUUCGUAAUUUAUUUAAUUUAAACUGCUCGAAACGUAGCACAUAAUAAAUGAUUUAUAAUCUUUCGUAGAAUCGUUUGAAUUUUUAAGUAAAAGAAAAAGAAGAUUAUAGUUUGAAGGAAGGUGAAAGUUUUAGAAAGAAAAUUUAAGUUUAUUCAAUUUAUCCAUUUUUACCUGCCAUUCUAGUCGAACGUGAAUGAAGGAAUGACUUCGAAAAAGAAACAUUCGGCAAUUUCUCCGACCAGGAACAAGUUACACAAAACUCAAGAG